AUGUCUAUGACAACCGAAGACUGUACCAAGGUCCGACCCGGGUUCCCGCGGUCGGUCCCCGAGACGCCUGAGAAUGUUCUUGAACAGUUCCAAAUGAGAGACAAGGUCGUGAUUGUUACUGGAGCAGCGGAUGGUAUUGGUCUCGCUGUGACUGAGGCUAUGGCAGAGGCGGGCGCAAACGUUGCUCUGUGGUAUAAUUCGAAUGAUGCGGCAAUCGAGAAAGCAAAGAGCCUUGGCGAGGCUUAUAAGAUCAAAGCUGCCGCAUAUCAGGUCGAUGUCUCCCAAGCCGAGCAAGUGAGCAGAAGCAUCGCCAAGGUAGUCGAAGAUUUCGGCAAGAUUGAUGUUUUUGUUGCAAACGCGGGUAUGGCAAUCUCACGACCAAUCCUAGAGCAAACAUUAGAGGAGUAUCAAAAGCAGAUGUCUGUAAAUGUGGACGGCGUCGUGUUCUGCUCCAAGUACGCUGGUGAGGUCUUCAAGAGUCAGGGCUUCGGCAACCUUAUUAUCACAUCCAGCAUGAGCGGCCACAUUGUCAACGUGCCUGUUGAUCAACCAGUGUACAACGCCACCAAAGCCUUUGUUACGCAUUUCGGAAAGUCUCUAGCCCGUGAAUGGCGAGAAUUUGCCAGAGUCAACAUAGUGUCGCCCGGAUUCUUCGACACCAAGAUGGGCGCCAACCCUCUAGCUAUCAAUGAGGCGUAUCGAAUGGCGGCACUUGGAAGGCAAGGCCAUGUGAAGGAAAUCAAGGCUUUGUAUCUGUAUCUUGCUAGCGAUGCAUCAACCUACAUGACCGGGAGCGAUGUCCUCAUCGACGGCGGCUACGUGCUUCCAUAA